UUUUCUCGCUCCCGUUUUACGCAGGGGAGCCGCAGGAGGGGUCCUCGCGCACGCGAUGUUUGGGUUUGAAAAACGGAGUUGAGAGUAAACGGGCAGCAGCAGCGCGAGGAGAGUCAGAGAGCCAUGGAGCAAAGCGCAGAGCUCGAGACCAUGGGAGAGACGCUCGCGGGCAAGAGGGACAUCCCCCACCGGGUGUUUGUCAACAAAUCCGUGACUCUGGAGAACAUCAAGUGUUAUGGCUUCGACAUGGACUACACGCUUGCUAUUUACAAAUCUCCUGAAUAUGAGGGGCUGGGCUUUGAAAUGCUGCGGGACAGACUAGUGUCCAUCGGAUAUCCACACGAGCUGCUGCGCUACUCAUACGACCCCAACUUCCCUACACGUGGUUUGGUGUACGACUCGACUUACGGCAACCUGCUGAAGGUGGACGCACACGGAAACAUCCUGGUGUGCUCACACGGCUUUAUCUACCUGACAGGAGCGGAGAUCCAGGAGUAUUAUCCCAACAGAUUCAUCCAGAGAGACGACACAGAGCGAUUCUAUAUCCUCAACACUCUCUUCAACCUCUCAGAAACCUACCUGUACGCCUGCCUUGUGGACUUCUUCACCAGCAGCACCCGAUACCAGAACUACAGUCAAGGCUUUAAGCAUGGUGACCUUUUCAUGUCAUUCAAAAGCAUGUUUCAGGAUGUGCGAGACGCCAUGAACUACCUUCAUGACACAGGCAGCCUGAAGGAGCGAACACUGAAGAAUCUGGAGAAAUAUGUGAUCAAAGAUCCUCGGAUUCCAGAGCUGCUAAGCCGGAUAAAGAACGUCGCAAAAGUGUUCCUGGCAACCAACAGUGACUACAACUACACUGAGGCCAUCAUGAAAUACUUAUUAGAUUCUCCAGCUGGUUCAAAGAACCCAAGGAAAUUGUGGCGCUCCUACUUUGACCUGGUGGUGGUGGACACGCGGAAGCCACUGUUUUUUGCUGAGGGGACGGUGUUAAGACAGGUUGACACGAACACAGGGAAGCUGAGGAUAGGAACGUACACUGGAGACCUGCAGCAUGGAACAGUCUACUCUGGAGGUUCGUCAGACAUCAUCUGUGACUUGCUGGACGUGAGGGGGAAAGAAAUUCUGUACGUCGGAGACCACAUAUUUGGGGACAUCCUCAAGUCCAAGAAGCGUCAGGGCUGGAAAACCUUUUUGGUGGUGCCUGAGCUCACCAAGGAGCUCCAAGUGUGGACGGAAAAAAUUAGUAUGUUUGAGGAGCUCAGGCAGCUCGAUAUUUACCUGGCUGAGCUGCAUAAGCAUUUGGACAGUGGUAUUGUUAGUGGUCCAGAUAUUGGUUUGAUCCACAGCAAGAUUAAGAAGAUGACGUACACAAUGGAUCUGUGUUAUGGAAAGAUGGGGAGUCUCCUGCGUUAUGGUUCCACAAAAACGCUCUUUGCCAGCCAGCUGCUUCGUUAUGCUGACCUGUACGCCGCAUCCUGCCUUAACUUGCUGCACUACCCAAUCACCUACCUCUUCAGAGCUCACUCUGUCCUGAUGCCCCAUGAAUCUGCUGUAAGUCCUCAAAACAGCCAGGAACUGCCCAUCUCCAACCUGUCAGCCAAUCACAUCCUCAGAAUCACACCACUACAGAGGCUGUGUCAGUGUGACGGUGAUAACUGUGGGCUGGAUAACUGUGCGCAGGACAACACAGCCAUAUAGAUGGAGACAUGAGAGCGAGUGGGCAAGCAAACGAGUGAGAGAGAGA